GAUCAGUAAGAAAUCAGUCCUCAUUGAAUUUGGUUACAGGCAGUCCCUGACAGAGGAAUUGCAAACCACCUGAAAGAGGUUCUUGUUCAGCAGCACACCAGCACCUGGCCGCACCGUAAGCAAGGAAGUGUCCCGAUCUGACUGCGAUGCCUUUGCCACACAGACAUUCUAUUACAGGGCUUUAAAUGUAAAGAUCAGUAAGGCACUGGGCAAUAUGGAAAGUAAGCAUCAGUGCAGUGCUUUUCACCUCGUCCUGCCCUGCAUUGCUCUGUGAGCAUGGGGAGGAAACAAACAGCUCGCACCAGUCUGUAGGAGGGAAGUGAUUAGACGAGCUUCAGCUGUUUUUUUCCCCUCCUGAAAGGCCUUCUUUCAUCAGGAUAUGUUAGGACAAGUGCUUUUUCAAGCCAGGAUAUCAGUGGAAGACACAGUGUUCUGUAGAAGUCAUCCAGUUCCUGGGUAGCAUCAACAGAUGCGAUUGCUCUGCACAGAAUAUACGACCGACCUUUUCUUUCUUUUCUUUUUCUUUUUCUUUUUGUAUGGGUUUAGAAGCAAAAGGAUGUGAGUUUUACAGCUAGUUAUGAAUCUUUUUGAAUUUACUGACUUCUGCCUGACUCUUGGGCCAGCACAAUGCUUCUGCUGUUCAAAGAAAACCAGUCCAAAUUAGUAUGUAUAAACCACUCGUAUUUAUGUCACUAACAAACGCUGCUUGCUAAGGCAUUUAGCACUGCUGCUGGGGAGGGAGCUGGGGGGCUCUGUAACGAUGGGACUUUUUUUUUUGGCUUUUUGGGAGAUUUAAAAAAAAAAAAAGCUGGAAUUUGGAUGUUUACUGGGAUUGCAGGAUUUCAGAGUGUUGGAACGCUGGGUUGGGAUGUCAUGGGAUGUCACGUCAUGCCUUUUUCUCACUUUUAUUUUGUUAGCUAUUAGAGGAUUCGCAUGGAGUGGCUGAGGGUGAAGUGUUCCUGGAGCAGAGUUAAGGGUCAGCGUUGGGUAACCUCACCAUUUUGGUGCUCCAGGACAACUCACGGUGGCUGUUGUGCAGCACUGAGCCAUUGCAUCCAACAGCAGCUGGGGGGAAAUUGCAGUGCUGGGGAGCACAAGCUGACUUACUCAGCAGUGUGCUUUGUGCAGAUGGAGGCGCAAGCAUUUCAGCUAGAACACUUUCAGCUAGAACAGAAAGUUUGCUCUCAAUCACUUCUUCAGUUCAUUGCCAUGCAGAUAAAUACCUGGUGGCAAAACGUGUGCUGUGUGUGUCAACCUCUGCCUGCGGGCACUUCUGCUCCCCCAGCACAGCUCUCUGACUGGGAACGUUCUGCCUUAUUGUGAAGGUUUCCUGCCUGCUGUGAACGAGAGCGUUAGGAGCUGCAUGUUAUCUAACCAUUCCUUUCCUCUUGCUGAUAAACCAGCUGGCUAUGCACGAGGCUGCAAUCUAGUGAACAUCCUAUACAUUGUGUUGGUGUCGCAGCUUUGAUGUCACUUCUGUCCUUUUCUUUUUAAUGCUUUCCUGUUAGAUCUGGAGUAAGAAGGAAACAGGGCUCUUCCUGCCUUGCUUAUGGGAUGGACCAAGUGCCUGCCUGCAGGGAUUCUUGCUGUUGGUGGGUGCUGGUGGUGAGGGCUGCGGGGCCAUCGCUGGGAGCUCCCGGUGAGCCAGGGCCUAAGCGAGAGCUUUUUCAUGGUGAAAGGAGCAGCCCUCUUCUUGCAACAAGGAAACAGCUCCCAGGGCCAGCGAAGUCUCCAGCAUCCUCACAAACAUGCAGGUGAUUUGCCCCAGCACCUCCAGGUGAUGAUCAACCUCCUUCGCUGUGAGGAUAGAAUCAAACUGGCUGUCCGUUUGGAAAGCGUAUGGACGGACAGAGUGCGGUACAUGGUGGUUGUGUACAGCAACGGGAGGCAGGACACAGAAGAGAAUAUUUUGCUGGGUGUGGAUUUUUCCAGCAAGGAGAGUAAAAGCUGCACUAUAGGAAUGGUUCUUCGUCUGUGGAGUGAUACUAAGAUCCAUCUUGAUGGCGAUGGUGGCUUCAGUGUGAGCACUGCUGGGAGAAUGCACAUCUUCAAGCCAGUGUCGGUGCAAGCCAUGUGGUCUGCUCUACAAAUCCUCCAUAAGGCCUGUGAGGUUGCCAGAAGGUACAACUACUUCCCAGGUGGGAUGGCCUUGGUCUGGGCCACGUACUAUGAAAGCUGCAUCAGCUCUGACCAGAGCUGCAUCAAUGAGUGGAAUGCCAUGCAGGACCUGGAGUCCACCCGCCCCGACUCUCCAGCUCUGUUUGUUGACAAGCCAACUGAAAGGGAACGGACAGAACGCCUGAUUAAAGCCAAGCUCCGGAGCAUCAUGAUGAGCAAAGACCUGGAAAAUGUGACUUCCAAGGAGAUCCGGAAUGAGCUGGAAAAACACAUGAAUUGCAACUUGAAAGAAUUCAAGGAAUUCAUAGACAAUGAAAUGCUGCUUAUCCUGGGUCAGAUGGACAAACCCUCUCUGAUUUUUGAUCACUUGUAUCUGGGGUCGGAGUGGAAUGCCUCUAACCUGGAGGAGCUGCAGGGCUCAGGCAUUGACUACAUUUUGAACGUGACCAGGGAAAUAGAUAACUUUUUCCCUGGCUUGUUUGCUUAUCACAACAUCCGGGUGUAUGAUGAGGAGACGACUGACCUCCUGGCUCACUGGAAUGAGGCGUAUCAUUUCAUAAACAAGGCCAAGAAGAAUCACUCCAAGUGCCUGGUGCACUGCAAAAUGGGCGUGAGCCGGUCUGCGUCCACUGUGAUAGCUUAUGCAAUGAAAGAGUUUGGCUGGUCACUGGAAAAGGCCUAUAACUACGUGAAGCAGAAACGCAGCAUUGCAAGGCCAAAUGCAGGCUUCAUGAGACAGCUUCUGGAGUAUGAAGGCAUUUUAGAUGCAAGCAAGCAACGCCACAACAAGCUGUGGAAGCAGCAGGCAGAGAGCAACCUCCCCCAGAGCACAGAUGGCACCGCAGGGUCAGGUGACUUCUUACUUGAGAGCUUGGACAUCGACCUUGAAAACCGGCUGGCUGACCUGGACACCCCAUCGCAGUCAGCUUACCUGGACAACCGAGCAGGCACCGAGCUGCCCAUGGGCUUCAAUUACUGCUUCCGCCGCCUCUCGGACACGCUGCUGGAGAACAAGGUGCCUGGGGACAGGGGGAGCUUUUGCCACGUGGAGCAGCUGGAACGGGAUGCGCUCACAGAGCGUGCGGCCUCGCUGGCGAGGCAGCCUCCAGCUGUGCCUCCGGAGAUGGCCAAAGGCCUGGAGCCAGCAGAGCCUCUGGCAGAGCUGAGCAGCUUCUGUGACAAGGAGGUGAAGAAGAAACGAGAGUUCAGCCCUCGGAAGGCGAGGAUGGUGCUGGGCGCCGUGGAAGCAGGGGAGGAUGGUAUCAGGGAGGAAAACCCGGUGGAGAAGUGGAAGCGGCGGUUGUCCAUGCACAAGGAGGAGAGCAGGCUUAAUAGGGAGAACUUGAAUAACAACAACAGCAAAAGGAGUUGCCCAGAGGAUUUUGAGCAUGAUGCUGUGUUUGGGAUCCUCAGUAAAGUCAAGCCUUCCUACCAGUCCUGUGCUGACUGCAUGUACUCCUCGGGCAGCCUGGCUCCAGACUCCUUUGGGGAACAGUGUGAGAAGCUGAACUCCAGCUCUGCACACCGCAGCUCCACCAUCUGCACGCAGCCAGCUCUCCUCUCCCACCUCCCCCCAUUGGGGGAGCACCUUCUCAGCAGGGCACGCAUGGAGGAGGGAAUUGGGACUAGAAAUACUGAGGCACUGCUUCCUCUGUCAGCAGGAGGAGGUGCUUUGGAAGCCGGUGCUUGCAAAUCAAUGGUUGCUCAUCAGUGUGGCUUUUCAGAAAAAGGAAAAGAUGCACCAGAAAUCCCUGUCAGAACACUGCAGCCCAGGAGGAACUCGCACUGUGACAAGAGCCUGCUUAGCACAGAAGUGGUGAAAGAAGAGUCUCUGACCAGAAAAGAUAGCAAACCUACCAAGGAUCCAAAGUACUUGUUCAGUAAAGACUUGGAAAAGCCAAGUGCUAACAGUUACUUGAUGCAGCAUCAGGAGUCCCUUAUUCAGUUGCAGAAGGCAGGCUUGGUCAGGAAGCACACCAAAGAGCUGGAGCGGCUGAGGAGCCUGCCCUCAGACACCUCAGUGCUGCUCCGAGAGAGCGCCCUGGGCAGGACAGAGCCCAGCAUCGCAGAGGAAGGCGAGGAGCUGGUUCCGCAUCCCGGCCUCGUGCCCCUCCUGAGGCCUUCACCACCUGAACCCGGAGAUGCUGAAAGCGACCUGGAGAAGCUGGAGGUCAAACGCGUGCUGGACGGGGGGACCUCUCAGAAAGCCUCCAUCCCCAUGGUGUGCAGGCUGGAACACACCAGCAGCUUCACCAAGGACUUCCUGAAGACCAUCUGCUACACCCCCUCGUCCUCCCGCAGCUCCAAUCUGACGCGCAGCUCCAGCAGUGACAGCAUCCACAGCGUGCGUGGCAAGCCAGGCCUGGUGAAGCAGCGGACUCAGGAGAUCGAGACCCGGCUGCGGCUGGCCGGCUUGACUGUCUCUUCCCCUCUGAAGAGAUCCAACUCUCUUGCCAAGCUGGGGUGUCUUAACCUGUCUUCCGAGGACCUGUCCAGCGACGUGGACGUGUCGACCAUCACGGGCUCCAAGGAGGCCGUUUCCAGCGAGUCUUCCGGGCUCUGUGAGCCACCCUCUGCCCCAAGGGGUGCAGAUGUUGGCUCCAAGAUGUCAGCCAAGCCGGCACUUGGGAACAUGAAGACUCCGCUUUGGCUUGGCAAAAGUUGAUGCCUUCUGUGCGGGGAGUGGGGGGCUGGAUAUUUGUUGUUGGUUUUUUUUCUUUGUUAUUUUUCUAAGGCAUUUAUUCAUUGCACCAAUCAUCUGACUUGCACCCAUCAUCUGAUGCCACCUCUUCUUCCCUUCCUUGUACUCUUAAGUGGGGAGAAAAAAGUAAUUGGGUCAUGGAUGGCACAAGGGAAAAAUAAAAUGUUUUGCAUGGCUUAGAAGAGGACCGUGUGUGUGAAUCCGCCUGUUGUCCUGCAGGAUGCUGUUUCUCAUAUGUUUGCCAAGUAUAAUAAUGCAUUUUGUAUAUGGAUAGAUACUUCCAUCUACCUGUAUAAAAUGCUGAAUUGAGAGUCUCAGCAAAACAAUUAGUCAUUACUUCAUUUUUUUUUUAAUUUUUUU